AUGAGAGUUCUAAUUGUUAACGCCUUUCCUGAGACAGAUGAAGGAAAUCGAGGCUUUUCAGACUUUGAAAAAUCAGUAAAAGAGGUAGUAUUCAUAUAGUCUUUUUCCCAUCAGAAAUUUAUACCAAUUUCACACAUAGAAUUUGCAACCGUUGACAUAAACACUAUAGAUAGCUAUUUAUAUGAGCUUAACACUAAAUAUCUCAGCCCAGAAGCACAAAAAACGUUUGAUCAUAUAUAGAGCUUUUCUUUGAAUUUUCCAGUAGUAAAAUUCCUAAAAAAUAAUUAUGCAAUUCAUUGGAGAACCAUGUAUGGAUUUAGCUUAGAAUAUGCAUUUUUUAUAAAAAAAAAAAAUAAAUAUAUAAAAUUAUAAGAAAUAGGAUAGAUUUUGUAUUUCUUGAUGGAGAUUUAAAUUUGCUGCCCUGGUAUCAAAAAUGUAAAAAGUUUUUGAUUUUAAUGAGAAUGUGCAAAAGAACAAAAAAAGUUCUUUUUGCUGCUGGAUGCGGAAUGGAGAUACUGGUAUUUUUAUGUGCCACGAAAUUUCAUAUAAAUCGAGUGAUAAAUGGACAAGGUAAAGGAAGCAAAGUUGAAGAUUUUCAAAGGAUUGAUAAAGCAGUCUUGGCAAACUUGAAGCUUGGAGAUGCAUUUCUUGAUAAUGUCACUGGCGAUUUAUAUGCUUAUGAUUUUGCUGCAAAUGAGUUUUUGCCGUUUUCUAACAUAGGGCUUCAUCAUCAUAAAGCAGCUCAAGAAAACGAAAAAUUAUUCAAGUGUGAACUAAAUAAAAAUCAAUCAUAAAUAUUUUCAAUAAAAUAAUAUGAGAUUAUUAUUGAUAAAAUUUCACAUUCACUUUAGACUGGGAUAAGGGGUUUUAUAUUAAAGCCUUAUCAAUAUAACCCAAAGCAGUUUGACCAACUAGAGUCCGCUUAUGUCGGCAAACAAAAUGAAGCGCUGUGUCGAAUAAAUAAAAGAAACGUCCAACAUUGGCUUGUAAAAAAUAUAGGCCUACAAGAUUUUUUAAUUCCCCAAUGCAAUGCUUGAGAUAUUCACCCAAUUGCACUGCCAGAUAAUGAUAACCGCUUUCAAGUAUUUGCAGAAACACAAAGAGGAUCCCAACUAAUUAUUCAUCACAAUGCUGUAGGUUCUAUGUUUCACAUAAAUCCAAAAUACCCUCAAACUGUUCAAGUACUAAAAAACUUCGUAGAAUACAUGAUAGAAAAAAUUCAAAAAGAAAAAAACAGACUGGACUUGCCUUUAUCACAAGUGGUUUAUUCAAUUCUUCCUGCGAAGCCUAUUUUUGACAUGCCUAAUGACUCUUUAUAUCACUUAACAGCUGCAGAUGCCAGCAAAUCUACUUCUGCAAUUAUUUCUCGGCCAUUCUCAGGAUCAACGCGUCCCUUCACCUCAGGGUCGACCCGCCCUUUUACAUCAGGGUCAAAUCGUCCAGUUUCUUCAUCUACCCUUCAAAUAACUCCAGACUCCUUCAACAAAUUUUCUUCUCCAAGUAGACCAGUCACAGCAUCAACUGUAAAAUUUGAAGCCUCAAUUCACCCAAAUGGGAAGCCUAAUAAAAAUAUCAGACCAAAAUCCUCACAUUCAGGCUUCGCUGUAUCUAAAAGGCAUCAUGAAUUUGCAGCAUUAGAAAACAAUGCGACGACUGAUAGGCCAAUUUUAAUUAAAAAUGCAUUUACUCAGCCAGUAGGCUCAGAAAUUAUGAUACAAGGAGAUUCGCUAGUAAAAACUGGCACAAAAAGCAAUUGGAAGCUGAGGGGGGAUUUCGACAAAAAUGAGUCAGUUAAAUACUUACUCCCCCCCCUCCGUGGGUGAACAAAACCACUAGAAAAAUCCCUAUUUUUUUUGCCCAAAAAACCCACCUCCGUGAAUGAACAAAAAUUUUUUUAUAGAAAAAAAAUUGUAAUAUAUUAAUGAUAAUUAGUAUAAUGAAAUCUAGAGCUAAUUCUGUUUAAUUUUAAACAAAUUGCUUUUUAAAACAUAAAUUUUAUAAAUUUAAAUUAACAUUUGCUUUCCAAUUUUGCGAAUUAGGAUUUUUUUAAAUUUCGAAAAAAAAAAUUAACCCCCCUUCGUGAGUGAACAAAAUUUUUUUGUUCACUCACGGAGGGGGGGGAGUUAAGGAAUUUUUAUGGGAUCGCUAAUAAAGUCAGCAGAGAAACUCAAGAAUAUAAAGAAGAGGAACAGAAUUAUAAUAUUAAUAAUGAAAAUGAGUUCACAAAAGUCAUUGGAAAAUAUGAAGGAGAUAUGGAAUCGAGCCAGUGCUCAAGUGUAGAGCCUACUAUAUGAAAAGAUAAAUUCCAAAUCCGAUCAAUGCUGCAUCCUGAAUAUAACAUUGACAUCAUGCCAAAAGUGAUGCUCAGAAAAAAUCCAAGCACUGAUGAUUUAGCUAAGCCAAGCACAAUAAAAAUAAAAACCACAAAAUUUCCUGCAAGCCGAGUAAAAUCAGAAACCCCUAAUACCCUUAAUGUAAAAUCUCGAACACUCAAAUACCCAUUCCUAGGCUCAAUGCGAAACGACGCUCCUUACAAAGAUCCUGAAAAAAUUGAGCAUGAAGAGCAAAAAGAGUCCAAAAAGCAAUGAGUUUCUGCCAAAAACAUCACCCCCACCACAGCUGUUCCUCGGGAAUUCACCAAAGCUAACCCCACAACUGAUUUACCUUAUAAUCCGUUUUCUGCCCACAAAUUCCGAGAACAAAAUAAAGAAAAAUGGCUUGGAGGAGCGUUUAAGGUUGCGUAA